CCUACCUACAUAACACUAGAAUCAUGUUUCUAUUUUCAGACUUCAUUAAUCUCUCAACUUUCCUAUUUAUAUAAUAAAUAAUAUAUACGGCAAAAGUAGCAGUGAAUAUAUAUAUAAAAGAAGACAUCCAAGGAACGUGGAGAAGUUGUCUGUAAAGUACAGAUAAAUACUUGCAUGCUCGGUUCCUCAAAACCUUCAACUCCUCUUCCUCCCUUUCUCUUUUCCCUUUCAAUCCGUAAAAUUAGAACAAGGAACCAAAUCAAAAGUUUUCAGGAAGGUUAUUCUAAGUUGAUGGAAAAAGAAAAUGAAGGCAAUAAAAUAUCAUCAUUUCAGGGUUUCCUUAAACUAACCAAAAGAGUUAGAAAAAGCAAAACAAAUUCAUUUACAACGUCCAUCUUCUCACUUCCAAAUGAGCUACUCAUCACAGAGGUUUUAGCUCGGGUGGCUGCCACUUCUGUCUGUGAUUUCUUGAAUCUCAUCUUAAGCUGCAACGCUUUUCAUCAAACGGCUAAUGAUAACUACAUACUUGGACAUGUAUCCCUUGACAAGGUUCCUGUUAUUCCAUGGCGUUCACCUAAACAAGCUUUCUUCUUGGAAAAAUGCAAAGAGACUGGACAUCCAGAAGCUUUAUACAGGGAAGGAGUGGUCCAAUACUUCAGCUUCGCAAAGGAGGGAGAGGGACUAAACUGUCUAAACAGUGCAGCAAAAGUAGGGCAUGUGGGAGCUGCUUAUGUGCUGGGAGUUAUCCUACUUUGCAUAGAGGAAGGAGGAGAGGGUAGACGACUUCUAAAUUACGUAAAAUCAAAAAAAGGAAUCGGAGAAAGCCGAAAGAAAUUUAAGGAUGUAAUUAAUAGACUUUGGCUCAACAAUUUCUUGGAACCCAAGCCUAAUGCUUGUCCAAUGCAAGCACAGCACAGAAGAAAACAAAGGUGGCCUAGCGACGAUGACGAUGACAAUGAUGUGAGUUGUGAAGCUUGCGGGUGCCACUUGCAAUACUUACUUGCGGUAGCGGUGCUUGAAAGCAGCCGAGAGCGCCGUGUAUUGAACUUUAAUUUUGGAAGUGGGAAAGUUUGA